AUGGCCAUGCCGCACCACAGCGCAGGCGCCUCGCGCACCUCGCACCCUUAUCAUGCUCCCCACCUCGUCGCUGCUACUAAAUCCUCGCAAAGACCCGCUCAGACCUCUUCAGUCACGCAUUCCCGCGAGUCUUCAUUCAAGCACAAUCAAGACCCUGCGUGUGUCACUGCAGGGGCCGCAGCUUUCCCUUCAGCCGCCUCAUCGCUCCUCGCGCCUCCUCCUCCCUCUGCCCUGCCCCCCAUCCCACGAUUUGGCCCUCAGGCCUCUACUGAUGGAAACGACACCACUAGCUCUGCGCAAAGAUCCUCAGGCCCUCUGUCCAAGAGCAUUCGAAGGGCAUUGCGACAAAUCAGUGCCGGUCUCACCAAAGACGAACACGCCCAACUCGUCCAGAAGAUUCUCGUCGAUCUUCGUCCGGCUCAACCUUCCUCCUCCAUCAUUCGUCCCUUUUCGCGUCCUGCUUCCACCAGUGCUGUCACCAAUAAGAUGUCUUCUCGCCAAUCUCACAGCGUCGACAGCACUCCGCUGAUCACUUCCAAGCGCCUCAGCGUUCGCUCCCACAGCGACGAUUCCAGCGCAAGUGGCUACGGCAGCCACUCCGGCGAGGAAAAGCUCACCCGCACUCCUCCCCUCAGCCGCAGCCAAACCGCCACGCCCACCACGCCCGCUAGCGUUCUCACCCACGACAAGCAACUCAAGCUCCAAGUCGCCGACGCCGACAAAUCCGUCUUAACACCCACUGCCGCCCUCGAAAGCCUUCGUGUUCUCGAGAACAGCUUUGUGCCAUCCACCCUCAGCUUGCCCUUGGAUGGAGCUGCCGACGCCCAAGACGACGACAAGCUCUCGCUCAACACUGCUCUUGCAUCGCCCACAAAGUCUACGGCUGGCGACAAGGACGCGGCUCCUUCUUCGCCCGUGUCCGCAGGUCCUGUUUCUCCUACUCGAGCCAAGCGAAGCAGCUCCUACCGCAAAUCGGUCCCCACUCUCGACGACCUGGCCACUCGCUCCAAGAGACCCGACAUGAACGGCCGCGAACGUCACCGUAGCGCUUCGUCUGUCUCUGCGGCCUCCCAGCCUCCUCUGUCGCCCUCGAGCACCUACACCCAAACGCCCAGCUGGAUUUCCUCACUCACCACCUCCGAGGCCAUUCGCGUUCUCGCUUUCCAGCAGGACUCGAUCGAGGCUGGCUCCGACGCUGAAGCCGACGCGAAUGUCGAUCCCAGUGCUACAAGCGACGAGCUCAGCGCACUCCGAUACGCACUCAAGUACGCUCUUGCACGCUCGGACAAGCUGGCCGAGGCUCUCAGCCGCGCGAACCAGGACAGAAUCAAAGCCGAGUCCGAACUCGAAAUCCUUCGCAACAAUGUCUUGGCCAUGCUCAGCAGCAAGAGCAUCCUCAGGUCUCCUGAUAAGCUCAAGACACGCGAGUUGCACGCCGACAACGCAAAGCGCCCCGCCGUUCGCACGCAGACGAGCGAGGAGGAGGACACGGACCAGUUCGAGGAUGCUCACUCUCGGCACGGGCACGGCGCGGUCGAGCGAACAAACGUCUCUUCGCCCAAGAAGAAGCAGGUCAGCAUCGACCUUGAGCCUCGGGUCGUCAGCGCUGUCCCUGCUGCCACGAGCCUCUCUCGACCUCCGCGGGCUGAACGCGCAGCAGCUGCUUCCAAGGCUGUCACUCCCGUCCUUGCUCCCGCUGCAGCCGAACCUGCCAAGCCCGCGACCGGCGUCAGCAUCGCCAGUCUCCGUAAGAAGCAAGCCGAGUCCAGCGCGAACGCCUCGUCCAGCACAGCCCAGCGCUACGCUCCAUCCCGCAAGGCCCUCGACCUCGAAUCCGAACCCACCGACACCUUGCCGACGGACGAAGACGAGAUCGACGACGAAGAAUUCGACAUGUUCCCCUUCCACCAGAUGCGCCGACGCGCCGCGCCCGAAGUGUCGAUGGCCGACUUCCUCAACGCCUCGCGCAUGUCCAAGAGCGAGAUUGAGCAGCACGAUGCGCGACGCGAGCUCGAGCGCGAGGACGAAGCGGGCUUUUCGCACUCGCGCUCUCCUCUCGUCGGAGGGUUGUCCGCUCGUCGUGGGAUCCUCAAGAACCUUGGCAAGCUGGUCGAGACGGAACGCACCAAGCGCAACGCACGCCGCACUAGUGCUAGUAUCAUCUCCAAGCCGAGCCUGCUCUCGAUCAAUUCGGUCGCUGUUUCGCGCGACAACGGCAAGCUCUCCCGCUCGGCCUCGGGCGCGAAAUCCAACCGACCCGGCCACCUCAUGUCGUUCAGCGAGGAGAGCAUCAUCCCGUCCUACCCCAAAGGGAGUCUCGGCGCUAGCACCACGGCCGCCGCCGCAGAAGCCCGCUUGAGAGCCCUCUCCACCCAUUCGUCGCUCAGAGAGAGCCUCGAGAAGCAGAGCCUGUGGGAGGCCGGCAUUCGCGCCUGA